CUUGAUCACGUGAUACGGAAGCGGAAGUGCCUAUUUAUCACCCAAGGAUAAAAUGCUGGCAGUGACUGCAAGAAGAGCAGUACCAUGGGGGUUGGGGAUACGUUGGAUUCCUGGGGUCGGCUCUCGUCAGAUUAGUGCCUUGCCUACUCAUUCGUUCCCAAGAGAAGUGAAGAUUGUUGAAGUUGGACCCAGGGAUGGCUUACAAAAUGAAAAGACAAUAGUCCCAACAGAAGUCAAAAUCCAACUCAUUGAUAUGUUAUCUGAAGCAGGACUUAGAGCAAUAGAGGCCACCAGCUUUGUGUCUCCCAAAUGGGUGCCUCAGAUGGCGGAUCAUAUAAGUAUAAUGGAGGGGAUUAAAAAAUUCCCAAAUGUCAACUACCCUGUUCUUACUCCAAAUCUCACAGGAUUUCAGGCAGCGGUUGCAUGUGGUGCAAAAGAAGUAGCAAUAUUUGGAGCUGCAUCAGAGCUGUUCAGUAAGAAGAAUAUUAACUGCUCCAUAGAAGAAAGUUUGCAGCGAUUCAAGAUGGUAACGGAUGCUGCCAAGGAAGCUAACAUUCCUGUUCGAGGAUAUGUGUCUUGUGUUCUUGGAUGCCCAUAUGAAGGAAAGGUUGCUCCAAGUAAAGUAGCUGAGGUGGCGCACAAGAUGUUUGCCAUGGGCUGCUAUGAAAUCUCUCUAGGUGACACAAUUGGAGUAGGGACUCCUGGCAGUAUGAAAGACAUGUUGUGUGCUGUUCUACAAGUGGUCCCAGCCAGAGCUCUAGCUGUCCACUGUCACGACACCUAUGGACAAGCUCUAGCAAAUAUACUUGUGGCUUUGCAGAUGGGGGUGCAGGUGGUGGAUUCCUCCAUUGCUGGUUUGGGUGGAUGUCCUUAUGCACAGGGAGCCUCAGGGAAUGUGGCCACAGAGGAUUUAGUGUACAUGUUGCAUGGUCUUGGCAUUUACACAGGUGUUGACCUAAACAAACUUACGGAGGCUGGUGCUUUUAUCUGCAAAGCUUUGGGAAGGAGGAGUGGUUCCAAAGUUGCCCAGGCAAAGUGCAAACUGUGACCAGCAGCGCACAGUCAUCCAACAUCUAAUAGGCGACUGAUGGAAUAUUAACUUACAUGUGGGAAAUGAGUUUACUUUGUCUGUUUGCGGUUUUAAUCCGUUAGCUGGCUCCUAAUUAAGAGAAUUGAAACUGUUAUUGUGACAAACUAAGUAGCCAAGGCUGAACUCUGAGUGUAAUUACUGAAAUUAAUUUCUAGUUAUUGUAAAUACCAUUUUGUUUUAUUAAUCUAUUCCUACAAUAAAUUAUUGGAAGUGG